AAAAAAAAUAACAAACACACAAAAAAGUGCUGACAUUUUUUUUUAUUUACCAAAGCUUUUGAGAGUUAUUUUAUUCAUUUAAACUUGAAUUCCUCUUUACCCAAUCCCUUGUUUUAAAAACAGAAGAUUGUAAUAUACAAAACAAGAAAGAACCACAAAAAAGGUGUUUCCCCUUUGGAAUACGGUCUACAACAUGGCUGUUAAUGUUUCCCUGGUGCGCGAUACAAAAUGGCUGACAUUGGAAGUGUGUCGAGAAUUCCAGAGAGGAACUUGUUCAAGGUCUGAUGCUGAAUGCAAGUUUGCCCACCCAUCGCGGAGUUGCCAUGUGGAAAAUGGCCGAGUCAUUGCCUGCUUUGAUUCUUUAAAGGGUCGGUGUACAAGAGAAAAUUGUAAAUAUCUUCAUCCUCCCCCGCACUUAAAAACCCAACUCGAAAUCAAUGGACGGAAUAACCUUAUACAGCAAAAGACAGCAGCAGCCAUGCUUGCACAGCAGAUGCAGUUCAUGCUUCCUGGUACACAGCUACAGCCAAUCACCACAUUCUCCGUGACCCCGUCUCUUGCAACAAGUCCAUCAAUGGCUUUCAGCCCAUACCUGAGCCAUGUCUCUCCAGGUAUGGGCUUGGUUCCGGCAGAGCUUCUACCAAAUACUCCUGUCCUGGUUUCUGGAAACCCAGGUGUUACAGUACCUGGGGGCUCUGGGGGCCAGAAAUUAGUGCGCACAGACAAACUGGAGGUUUGCAGAGAGUUCCAGCGUGGGAACUGCACCCGUGGUGAGAAUGAUUGCCGCUAUGCCCACCCAAUAGAUAUUGCCAUGAUCGACACAAAUGAGAACACUGUAACUGUGUGUAUGGAUUACAUCAAGGGCCGUUGCUCUAGGGAGAAAUGCAAGUACUUUCAUCCCCCUGCACACCUGCAAGCCAAAAUCAAAGCAGCCCAGCACCAGGUGAAUCAAACAGCCGCAGCUGCCAUGGCACUUCAGCCUGGAGCACUUCAACCUUUACCAAAGAGGCCAGCACUUGAAAAAAGCAAUGGGGCCACUACAAUGUUUAACCCAAGCGUUUUCCACUACCAACAGGCUCUAGCUAAUAUGCAGUUACAACAACCUACAUUUAUCCCCACAGUAGACCAUGUUGAAAUUCUGAACAGCAGAAUUGUGGAGUACCAGAAUUUAUCGGUGGGAAAUUAUACAUGGCCUUUCUGUAAAUAUCCCCUCGUGACAUCUUCCUCCACUUCGACAGUAAGCCUGCUGCAGCCUACAUGUUAACCAAAAACAGAAUCAUGGGAAUGUCUCAAAACAGCACUAUGGAAAAAAAAAAUACAAAUAUAAAAAAAAAUAAAAAAAGGCAAACAUAGCUCUUACAAAACAGUUAUACAAGUAGGGUAUUAUAAUAGACUUCUAUAACACAUUUACUUUUAACACGUAAUCAUUCUCUGUGUACCAUUUUAAUUGCGUACACUCGGUGGACGUUUGGAUUAUAACAUAUGAUGGAUUCAUGUUUUAAAGUGUUAUCUUUCUGUUUUGUUUACAUCGUAGUCAAUCCAUUUUAAGUGUGUAUCAUUAUCAAGUAUACCCGAGACCAUCUUCUUUCAUUGUGAUUAGCGUUGUUGUUUUGUAAUAUUCUUGGUAUUGAGAGAAAAGAGGACAAAGUGGUUUUUAAAUGAGCCUGGACAACAUAUAAAAGAGGCACUUUCUGCCUCAGGAAGUUAAAAUUGUUCAUUUUAAAUUUAAAUUUUUUUAUACAAAGAUGCCUUUUUUAUUUCUUAAAAUGUGUGUUUAUGUUUCUGAAGUUACAAAAUACUUCCCUUUUAGUGACACCUGCCAUUUUACCUGGACUUUAGGCUAUUAGUAUACAUUUAUCUGUAUUGCAGACAUGAAGAAUUCUUUCUGCUUUAGUAGAACACAAACAGGGUUAUUCAUCAAACUGUGCAUUGUCAUAAAUUCACCAGGGAAUUGGACAUUUUAGGGCAAACAUGUCACAUUUCAGAAGUUCAUGCAUCCAUUACCAGAUUUGAACUCCGCUAUUCUGGCCACAUACAUUAAGUGAUAUGAACUCAUCAUUGCAUUAAAACUGCAAUUCUUUACCCAUUUCAUUAAUGAUCUCCUCCAAAACUUCACUGUAAUGUUAAAGAAUUCCUUCCUAUCUUCUGUUCUCUGCCACUUCUUUUUUUAAUGGAAACGCAAUUUCCCAGCGACUUCCCAAUAAUUAGUGGAUUAGUGAAUAACCCUUCUUAGGACUUUUCCACUAAACAAUAUAUUGCAGUGAUUUUUACAUAAUGUAAUCCAUAAAUGCCAAGCUGUCAAAGUAAGUUCUUUCUUUUUCUGCAUAUGUUUUUGCUCCUGCAUUGCCAAUUCAGUAUUUAGUGAAUAAGCCCUGUGAACCAUUUAAACUUACCUUUACAGCACAACUUACCCCACUUAAAACUUAAAUAGUGUGAUCAUAAUUCUAUCCGAAGUGCUUUAUGUGUUUGGCAUCUGUCAUUUUUUUCAGUCCGAAAUGCCUCUGCGACUUGCACACAGAGCUGGUUGAAGUGGCAAGUGUGUUGUGCUAGCCCAGUGGUUCCCAAACCAUUCCUCACGACCCAGCAACAGUCCAGGUUUUGUCAGUAUCUCCAUUGGAAUAAAAAAGGGAAAUGCAUAAGUCCUGUAUUGUUGGUGGGGCAUAAGGGCCAGUUUGGGAACCACUGGGCUAGAACAUACAACUUCAGCUGGGCUAUUACAUUCCGCUCACUGAGAAUGUGACUGGACAAUUCCACGGCUCAGACUGAAACUCUGUGCUUGGGAGAGGAGAGCUUACAAAGGCUGCAGGCAAAUAUAUUUAAUACACACCCAAUGAAAACAUGCAAAACAAUAAAUACAUUCAUGUUUUCUUUGGGGGUAUAUAUACCAAAUUGUAAAAAAUAAAUCACUGGAGUGUUCCUUUUAGAACUUUUUUGACAUUGGAGAAGUCCGUUGAGAGAUUUUAAAUGCGGAAUGAUUUGGGUUUUUUUUAAUUACUAUUGAGGGAUCUGUUCGUUAAACA